AUGACGAGGAAAUCGAAGACUAGAGGGGAAGGGUUGAACAUGCAGGAGACAAAUCUAAGUAAUGUGAUCGAAACAAGGGGAAUUCUGCAAUCAACUGAUGCUAAGAAAACUCGAAGCCUCAAUGUACUGCAAGGAAUACAGCCAUUAGACCUGAGCCAAUCGCCUACCAACGGAACAGUAGCUAGAAACAAUGGGGGCAAGAAACAGGAUGAGAAACGCAAUUCAUGGGCAGAUAAGGAGGAGGAAGAAGCGGAAAAGCUAAAGGUUGCAGGGGAAACAAGCCCUAAGUCAUGGAGCAAAAUUGUAGCCAGUCCAAUUUAUGAAGGAUUGGACCUAACUCCUCAACACCAGAAUAGCUCGAAUGUGAAGAUUACUAUGGAGGAUAUAAAGGAGGAAAUCGAUUACUGGAGCACAGCAAUGGUAUGUUUUGUACUGGGUUCUAAUCCUCCCCAGUCAGUGAUGGAAGGGUAUUUCCAAAGGAUCUGGGGAUCGUUGGGAAUUGACAUUGUAGCACAGGCUAAUAGAGGUGUGUUUGUGGUGAGAUUCCAUAGCUGUGAAAGCAAAAUCAAAGUGAUCAAAGAUGGAGUCCAGAUGUUCGACAGAAAGCCAGUGGUGGUAAAACCUUGGAAUCCUGAUAUAGACUUGAAAAAAGAAUCAGUAGACUUGAUCCCAAUGUGGAUUAGGUUUAUUGGAUUGGAUAUUAAAUAUUGGGGGCAAGCUGCACUCACAAAAUUGGCAGGGCUAGUAGGAAAACCAUUGAAGGCUGAUCGUGCUACAACACAGAAGGAGAGGCUGACUUUUGCAAGAGUUUUGGUGGAGGUUAAACCUCACCAGAGUUAUCCUAACACUAUCAUGUUUGAGGAUGAAAAAUGCAGAAUAGUGGAGCAGGAGGUUUUCUAUGAACGGAAGCCAACUUUGUGUGUGAAAUGCAAGAAUUUUGGGCAUGAAAUGAAUAAAUGCAGGAGAUUCAUCAAAGAGGAGAAAGAGAAACAAACUAGCAAGAAGACUGGUAAUGAACCAAGCAUAGAGGAUCAGCAACAAAAGGAAAAGCAGGAGGGUAAGGAGCAAUGCAAAAAUGUGCAGGUAGCACAACAGGAGCAGGGGCAGAUAGCUAGAAGCAAUAAGGAGAAUGAAGGAGCCACAAAAACAAAUGAUGUGGCAACAACAUCAAGGAGUUGGCAGAAUAUAGUGAGAGGGAAAAUAUGGGAAAGGAAGCAACAAGGGGACAUAAGAACAGGGAAUCCCUUUGCCACAUUAGGUGAACAACAACAGGAGAACACAGAAGAAAACAGCAGGAAGGGGGAGGAGAUUAUAACAGAAAAAAGAAAAGGGAGUGAGAUGGCCCUGGGAAAAGGGCAGGAUGGGGGCAACCCCUCAUCCAAUGGAUAG